UUGUGCUUUUGCUUUUCAAAUCGCUAAGUCUGAUUGUCAAACCUCAGAAUUAUGGACAAUGCUUGUAAACCAUGUUAUUGAGACACUGAAUAUUGGCGAUAUCGAUAGCUGCUUUAGGACCUGUGCUGCGAAGCCAGGCUGUCAGAGCAUCAACUUCUACAGAGAAAAGUCUCUCUGUGAGUUGAAUAGUAGGACAAUAGAGAACACGCCCAAUAUGAGAGUGGCUAACGAAGACUCUGUGUACUUCACGAUUCCAGAUCCAAUUCCACCAGAGCCCGUGGAUGGUAAUUUUACCGAGUGGAGCAACUGGACGUCAUGUUCUCUGUUAUGUGGAAAUGGAACACGACAUCGAAACCGUUCUUGCACCAACCCACCACCUGCUCAUGGUGGAAAGAACUGUAGUGGUUCUCACAACGAAACAGAGACCUGCAACGCACAGCCAUGUUCUGUUCUCAAAAACUGUGCCGAAUUCUAUAGAAGCGGAUUCAAAAGAAGUGGUGUUUACGUCAUUGACCCUGAUGGAGAUGGGAAAUUCAACGUUUCCUGCGACCAGAAGACUGCUGGUGGAGGAUGGACAGUUUUCCAAAAAAGACAAGACGGUUCGGUGGACUUUUACCGAGGAUGGAAUGAUUAUAAGAAUGGAUUUGGAGAUCUAAACGGCGAGUUCUGGUUGGGCCUCGAUAAGAUCCAUCGGUUGACCAAAGAACGAAAACAACGCCUUCGAGUUGACCUGGAGGAUACCAAAGGAAAGACCGCGUAUGCCGAGUAUGACAACUUUGCUGUGGCAAAUGAACAAGACAAUUACAGAAUGAGUUUUAAGUCCUAUUCAGGUACAGCAGGGGACUCAUUGUCAUUACAACAAGGUAUGGCUUUCACCACCAAAGAUCGUGAUAAUGAUAAGUCGGGUGAUAACUGUGCUGUAGUGUACAAGGGUGCCUGGUGGUACAACGCUUGCCACGACUCCAACCUUAAUGGUCUGUACCACCGCGGUAACCACAGUUCAUUUGCUGACGGUGUGAACUGGUAUUACUGGAAGGGUUUUUACUAUUCCGCUAAGAGAGCUGAGAUGAAGAUGAAACCAGUGUAGUCAUUGUCAGCCUCUUGUACAAACUGAGGACAAAAUAAAUGAUUUUAAAAAACACAGGAUUGACUUUGUUAAGAUUUU